AAGCAUAUAAACACGGGCUAACAGUGUCAUCUAGCUAAGUCACCAAGGGUUUUUUAGUUUUUGUCCCCAAAAAAAACCUUGGAAUAAAACCCUUGGUGAAGAGUAGGGGUGUGUGUGUGCUGUUGAAGAGUUAGAGCUCGGGAAGCUAGAGAAAUCGGGAGGCAGGAGAGAUGGACGCGAUGAGGAAACAGCUGGAUGUGCUCAUGGGAGCGAAUCGAAACGGUGACGUCAGGGAAGUGAAUCGCAAGUACUACGACCGUGAUGUGUGUCGCAUGUACUUGGUUGGCCUUUGCCCCCACGAACUCUUCCAAUUAACGAAAAUGGAUAUGGGGCCGUGUCCUAAGGUCCAUUCACUACAGCUGAGGAAAGAAUAUGGAGAGGCAAGGGCAAAAGGUAUUGAUAACUAUGACAGAGAGUUGGAGGAUGUUAUAGAUCGGCUCAUUGUUGAGUGUGAUAAAAAAAUCAGCAGAGCUCUUAAGCGACUUGAGGCUGAGGAUGCAAAGGCUGCUAUUGCAAUAUCAGUCUCUGAGGUUACGCAGAAUCCAGAGAUAAUUGAGUUAUCAAAGCAGAUCAAGGAGAAGUUGAAAGAAGCUGAUAAAUAUGAUCUUGAAGGCAAGACAGAUUUUAAGAUUCAAGCUAUGGAAGAGGUGGAAAAACUUAGAAGUGAAAGAGCAGAGAAGCAGUCUGCACUACUUUUGGAAGCCUUCAACAAAGAUAGGGCGUCUUUGCCUCAACCCUUGCCAAACCCACCUCCAUUGGCACCCUUGCCUAUGCCUGCUCCAGAUCCUCGUACCCAAGAAAUGAUAAAUGAGAAGCUGAAGAAGGCGGAGGAUCUUGGUGAGCAAGGAAUGGUAGAUGAGGCUCAAAAAGCUUUGGAAGAGGCUGAGGCACUUAAGAAGCUUCCUGCGAGGCAAGAACCUGCACUGGAUUCCUCCAAGUACACUGCUGCUGAUGUCCGCAUUACUGAUCAGAAAUUGCGUGUUUGUGACAUUUGUGGAGCUUUUUUGAGCGUUUACGACAGUGAUCGGCGUUUAGCAGACCAUUUUGGAGGGAAGCUCCAUCUAGGCUAUAUGCAAAUCCGUGAGAAACUUACAGAGCUUCAGGAAGAGAGAAACAAGCUCCGCAGAGGUGAUCGAUAUGAUGAUCGAAGAUCAAAAGAGGGAAGUAGAGACCGUGACAGAGAAUCAAGCAAGGAUAGAGAUCGAGUAGAUAGCCGUGACCGGGAGAGGGAUUAUGAUCGUAGGAGCAGAGAUCACGACAGGCAUUAUGAUCGAGAUCGUGGAUAUGAACGGGAGCGUGAUAGAGAUUCAGAUCGCUCCCGUAGUUAUGAUUCAAGAAGUCGCCAUAGGUCACGCUCUCGGUCUAGAGAACAGUCCAGGGAUAAUGAUCGUCACAGCAGGCGCUAUGAUCGGUACUAGGACCUUGGUCCGUUGAUGAGUAUUUUGGUAUGAAAGUUUGGGUUUUUUAAUGUAGGUGAAUGAAAUGAACUUGUGGAGUAAAUUGAUGACUUCAUGUAUUUCUCUUCUAAUAUCUGUAGUGGAGUUUGAUAGUGUGUGCUGUUUUGCUGGGCUUACUGACUGCUGCAUGGAUUUUCUCGACUUGUAUGUUGAAGGGGUAGCUUUACAGUAUUUUGUCUAAUUUUCGCUUUCAGUUAAUCCUCAAACUCAGCUCAAUUUUACAUUUAAUCUAAAUUGAUUUCCUUAUUCAGAA